AUGAAGUGGGACCCCUUCCACACGACGGGGCCACUGGGCUUGAAUAGCGCCGCACCAGCACUGCCAGACCUGGAUUUGCGCGACAGGCGCCAUCAAAACGGAGAAAUCACUCGACGGAAUCAUUCAUCAUCAUAUCCGGCGGCGGGGGGUUCACGGCGGCAGUCACCGGGAGCAGACGAGCUGCAAUCCGCGAAGCGACGACUUGUCGGAGAAGUGGGAGCCCUCAGCGUGACGCAGAAAGUAUCUUCAAAUUCGCCGCAACUUCCAACACUACCGGAUCACGUAACCUCGGAGGGAACGACAAAACAGCACCAUCAUCUUCAUCACGAUCUUGAACCUGUAAAAAAAAGCAGAGAAGCCUACAAGCAGGGAGGCUCUAUGGACUCCGAGGGGUUGAUCGGGAAAGGCGUGGCAAUGGCAGCCGCAGAGAUGGUGGCUUACGCUUCAACGCCAGUCAGGCUUGAUGCCCUGUCCAAUGUUUGA